AUGCAGAGUCUGUCAUUACCGCGUCCGAACUCACAUCCUUCAACGCCAUUUGGGCGAGCUACAGAGCCAGAAGUCGGUCUGGCAAAGCUCUUGUCAAAGCUCAGCCCGAGCCGGUCUGAAUACCAAGGCUAUCCAUCCCCUCCCAUGUCAGAGCCUCAUUCUCCUUCCCAACGUGCAGCACGUACUGUUGAAACCGAGCGUCGCCAGUACCCUGUGCCAGUGAGCGCACCGCACAGGGUCGAAACUGGUCUGCCAUUACCGCCGCCUUCCACAUCGCUGUUCGCUCCUCGGCAGCCAUUGCCGAGCCAAAGUAAUUCGCAGAGGCCAUCAUAUCCUGGGGCACAGCACCCGCAGCACCAGGCGCAUCGCUAUGGGCCCGGGCGUGUAAAUGAAUAUGCCUCCUAUGGAGCAGCACCACCUCCACAGAGCUAUGGCUAUGGCUACCCACCACCUGCAGGCGCACCACCUUAUGCCCCUGGAGCGCAACACGCAGGGCCUCAGGUGCAACCCGCGGCAAUGAUCACACCACCCGCUGCCAGGGCUACCAAACCAGCGAGACGCACGAAAGCCCACGUGGCCUCGGCGUGUGUCAACUGUAAGAAGGCGCAUCUCAGCUGCGAUGUUCAACGUCCGUGCGGCCGAUGCGUGUCUUCUGGAAAACAGGACACAUGCAAGGACGUGCUACACAAGAAACGCGGAAGACCGCGACUAAGAGACGAUAGAGACUUUACUAGACCACAGCAGGGAAGCCAUCAGCCUACACAGGCUCUAGGUUCGAACCGGCCAGCGUCGACGGAAGCUUUGGCGCAUCAAACAUCUUACCCAGCAUCGCAUACGCAUCGAGUCACCGAUCUACCCCGUACGGCGGUGGCACAAAGAGGAAAUAGCAUUCCUAAUGCAGCAGCACGUUCCACCGGAGUUCGAACCCUGAGCGUCGGCAGCUAUGGUGGGAUGCCGGCAGCCCCUUACAGCAUGGGACCGGAUUUGGCGUACCAGUCUUUGCCGAUUGCGUUCCUGAACCUGGACUUGGUGAUCCAAAAGUCCAAUCAAGCAUUCCAAGAUCUGGUGUCCUUUGUAGGCAGCGUCGACGGAAAACAGCUGGGAGAGCUACUCGAAGCACGACAGAACGAAAGCCUACAGCGGUUGCGCAAUGACCUCCGGGACGAGCGAGACGAACGCGAGCCAGCCUACAUGGCGCCCAUGACGCCGCUCGGGCACGAUCCGAUGCGAUUGGCAAUGGAAACAGUCGCCGACCGCGACGUCGAACACGUUAGUCAUGGCUUCACGGACAGGCCCAUGUUCCUGAGCUAUCGUCUGCCAAAUGGCCAGCACCAGUCUCUCCAGACGCAGGUUCGACUUGCGAAGACGUCGCUGUACUUUGUCACACUGGUCGUGCGUACGUGUCCGCCGAGGCCUUUGGGACCUCCUCUUUCGACGCAGCAGCUGGCGCCGCCGAUGCCCAGCCAGUCGUCGCAGGCCUUGUCGGCACCAGGACCUCUUGCGACCAGGACUGGGCACUACACACCGCAGCAAGUUCGCCCACCAUCGUCGGCAAGCUCGGCGCCCACAUCGCCGUACUCUUUCAACUUUUCCUCGGUGCGAACGUCGCUGCCAAACUUCAGUCCCAGCUCUUACACAGGCAGUCCGACGUACGGAUACUCCCCAACGGCCGGCCCAGAAGCAGGUUACUUCCCGGCCUACCAGGCUCGGCAGUCGGUAGCGCGUGGUGCUCCGUACGCGUCUGCGCCUCGAACGGGGUCGGUGACGUCUGAGCCGCUGCGCGAGCUGAAUCGGCCUGCGCGUCUCGAGGGCCUGCAGCUUCCCCCGAUCCGCACCGGCGCGGCGCCUCUGGGCUCUCCGCUCCACCUCGGCACUGGCCACAGUGCGACGGACAGCGAUCGGGAGCGGGUGCGACGGAGAGAGUCGAGUUCGAGUGCGGAGAAGCGUCCAGAUACACCCGGCGAGGGGGGGAAGCGUCGACGGUUGAAUAUUCAUGAGGUGCUGGGGUAG